GGAGCGAGGUGGGAGGCGCCAGGACGUCUCGCGGCGCUGGGAAUCGGCUUUCGCAGGCCUGAUUGGCCACCUAGCGGCGUGGGCUGAGAAUCUUGUGCGUGAGGUUUCUGGGCGAGGGCGCCCGAAGGGCCUUGGGCAGCUUGGAAAGCCUCGGACCCAGAAGCCGCCGACUUCAGGGGCCUGGAUUUACCUCUCAAAAGUUUCAGAUUACUUCAUUAUAAGAAAAAUGAGUGGUUCCUCAAAGGCAGGGGCCACUGGUGAUGAAAAAUCAACUGAUCCAACGAUAGUAAAAGGCCGCAAAACACCUUUGCCAAAUACUAAAAGGAAAAAGCCAGUUCGACCAACUCUUAGAGAUAUUUCAGCUCUAAAGAUACAAAGAGCUUGGCUAUCUUAUAUGGACAGGACAAUAUUUCAACUCCUAAAGCAUGCAAUUUGUGCAGCAGAAUAUUGUGUGACAUAUGAUAUACUGAAGAAUGUGAGCCCCAUGGAGGCCGAGUUUCUUAAAGAUGCUGGCAAUAAGUGUAAAGUUAAAUUCAGAUUCAAUGGUGAAAAAUUUCCACCUUUUAUUGUGUUUAAAAUUUUUCUACAUACUGGAGGCAAUGGUUACAAGUAUUUCAGCGGAAAAAAUAUGUUAAAGCCGUCAAGUAAGGCGUCAUAUGAUGCUUACAAAAUAAUGGGGAGGAAGAAGUUUUUUGAACAAAUUUUAGAAGAUGAAUAUCUUUUCCAGAAGUUCAAAAUAACUGAUGAAAUAGAUAUUACCACCAUGCAAGAUUACGUAAAAUAUUCCAGUGUUCUGGAUAAGACCCCUGCAUCUUCUGGUGGAAGAAAUAACUGUUGGAGAAGAUUGAACCUCAAAAACAUUCCCAAGACUAUGAUAAUGUAUGACAUAAUUGAUUAUGCAGAGUCUAGAGUAGUCUCAAGACGUCUGCGAAAAGAAAUGAAGUACUUAUUACAGAGACCACAAACAGAAGAGAUGCGUCAAAACCAGCUGCGGAUUAUUACCCAAGCUAGGUACUUACCUCUGUUGAGUAGCCAACGUUUAUAUCGGCCCUUCCAAAAGCAAGUUCAAUUUAAACAUCUGGGUCGUCGAUCCAAGCAAGCGAAAAUGAAAAAUGAAAAAAUGAAAAAAGCUUAUGAGAAGGAGAAAAAAGCAAGCACUUCUGUGAAGACUGAACCUCGGACAGACAGACCAGAAAUACAGCAACAACGAAGGGUUGUCUUCUCUGCCCCAAGUUUUGAAAUUGUGAAAUAUAAAGUACCUCUGUCAGAUGACAAUUUGGAAGACAAAAGUGAACCAUUUUACUGGAUUCAAAAAUUGUAUGUUCAGCAUUAUCCACCAUUUUAAUGCACACCUAAUUGGGGAAAAAACUAAGUGAUUUAAUAAAUUGCUUGUCUGUCUAUAAAUGAUGAAUAUGAAUACCAAAGGGAAAAAUAUAAACAAGGCCUCAGUAUGCUCUCUGAACCAAAUGUGCGACAGAUUUUUAAGUCCUUUUUGUAUUACCAUGGGUGCAAAUAUUUUUUACUGGCAGAAGUUUAAGCUGAAUAAAUUAUUUCAACUAGAUGCCCUCAAACUAACAAUAUACAAUUUUGUUCAAGAAAUGGUGCAUAUAUGAAUCCCUAGCACUUUUAUUCAAUUUUGACUUUCCUUCAUUUUUAAAAAUAUCUGAACAGGCCAUGCUUAGCAUAAAUAUUAGAAUUCACAGAAUAAAAGGCUGCUAGGGAGUCAGCCUUCAGUGUCUUUUUUUUCAGUAGCAUUUUGUUUUUACAGAACAGCUUGUGAUUGACCAAUUCUCAAUUAUAAUAAAAUUAAUAAUGCAUUUGUUGCUACAGUCAGUGUGACAUAGCAUACCUAAUCAUUAUUGAGCAUUGCAAGCAGUUGGGACAGAAUGUUGCAUCUGCUUUCAUGUUGCUCUUUGGAUAUUUUUCAAGUAUGAAGACUAUUUUCAGUAGUAUUUAUCAAUUUCCUUUUGAAUUGAUAAAUUCUCAUGCCUGAUAUAGUGUGAAGUAUUGAUCUUUUGUGAUCCAGGCUAUUGGAUUAUAUCAAACCUUACCAGAGGCUGUGAUAAUUAAACAAAGGGCAUUAUUUAUUUAACUUUAAAAAUACAUUCUUUUAUUUUGUUUAACAUUUAAAAUGUGGAGGUUGAUUGCUGCUUUAACUCAGGCAAAGCAGCCUAUAAAUGGAUCUCAUUCUCUGCUAAAACAAUCUCUUAAAUGAUAAAGAAUAUUGGAGUAAAUGUGUAUGAUUCCCACUGGAAUAUAUUUAACACAAAUGUGUACUCUUUUGGGGGGGAGUUCAUUUAUUAAAGCUGGGGACAGCCCUAACCGGUUUGGCUCAGUGGAUAGAGC